AUGUUACAGCAACCUAACAUUGAAGCUUACGUCCUGCCAAGGAUAGAGAUGCUGUUUGAAACUUUCAAAGAAGCAAAGGACUUCUAUAACGUCUAUGCAAAGCAUGCGGGUUUUGCUAUCAGGGAAGGCUCCAAGGUUGAGACCAGAGUCUACCUUUAUUGCACAUGCUAUGGAGUCUAUGAAUCGAAGGUGUCAGAAGCAAAUAGAAAGCAGAACAAGACGACAGCCAAGACUAACUGUGGGGCUAAAAUGAGGCCGAAGAGGGAAAAGGAUGGAACACUUGUCGUAAAAGAGAUAGUCUGGGAACACAACCACAGGCUACAGCUCUGCCCCCAAAUGCUUGUCUUCUUGCACUCCCACAAAAAAAUUGACAAAACAAUCUUGGAGUACGUCAAGUACCUGCAGUUCAAAGGAAUUGAACACGCGCAAAUCAUGAGCAUACUGGGCGGCGAUGACCCUGGUAGCUACUUCCUCAAAAUGAAUGCCAAAGACCUGAUUAACAUCAAAGCAGAGAAUUCAAGGAUGGAUGAUGUGGACGAUGUCCUAAAGACUGUCAACUUCUUUAGGGAGAUGAAAGCUAUAAACAGGGAAUUCUUCUGUGACAUGCAACUUGAUGAGUCCGACAGAGAACACAAUACACAAGCUGUGCGCUGGCACAUUAUGAAGAAGUACAGGGAACACCUCGCGUACCUGUACAACCUCCACGAAGACUUUAAGGAUGAAUUCACAUCAAUCCUCAACUGGUCCCUCAUGCCAACUGAGUUUGAGGCUGCCUGGAAAGGACUCAUGGAUAAGUACAACCUCCAUGAUGAUGCCACGAUGGUGGCCAUGUGGAACGAGCGUGAGAGAUGGAUAUCGGCUUACUUCAAAGAAAUUUUCUGCGCCAAAAUGACAUCCACACAACGAAGUGAGAGCAUGAACUAUGUGAUCAAGAAGAACUUCAUAAGUGAGAGACAAAACCUCCACCGGUUUGUCAGUCAGAAGGAACAAAACACGCUGACCUUCUAUGGGUUUGACACCCAGAUGGCAAAGCUUUACUCACGAGCUGUGUACAGCGAGAUCAGAAAAAGGCUAAAACUAAGCACACUCUUCACGACGACAGAGACGGAAGAGCCCACAAAGUACCUUGUGCGCUACAACAACCCGCAAAAACUGUUUGCGUGGUCUCACCACGCGUUCCAGGUGGCUGCAGACCCUGUGGGAGAAAUAUAUGACUGUAUUUUCUGCGUGCCUGUCCUGUGCAUGAUGCAGACAAUUAAGGCUGCCAGCGUUCCAGAGAAAUACAUCCUCAGGAGAUACACCAAACGCCCGAACAUCCAGCCAACAUCCAACAUAAAUGACUUGAGGACAGUAGCAUCAAACAAGGCCUCCCAAUACUGUAUUGAAAGCUCACUGUUGCAGCUGAACAUGAGGGUGCACAGAAAAAGCUUGAGAAGCCAAGAGCAAAUGGCGAGGUCACAGGUCGUCAUGGACAAACUUGAACAAGAACUCGACGCAAUGCUUUCUGCUGAAAACGGAGGUCUCGCGAACAAUGAAGCCGUUGAGCAGGAUAUUGCUGCAAUCUUAUCCGAGAUGAACCAUCUGGGAGCUAUUGACCCAUUCGACAACAAGGAAGAGGAGCAACAGCAAGCAGAGCUUGCCCACGUACACACUCAAGAGCAACAACAUGCUCACAUGCAAGAUCAUGAGCUUGAUGCUGCUGUAGGCGAACGACAUGACAACAGGACAUCCUACCAGCAGCAGCAGGAAAGGGUAAUUAAACCACCCAUAUUCUCAAACACAAAGGGGAGGAAGAGUAAGACACAGCCAAAAAGCCGCCACGCCCCAUCAGGCGCGUGGAAUUUGGCCCGGACGGCAAACCUCUCGGGAUAA